AUGUCCUCCUUCAAACGCACCUCCGUGAUAGGAGGGCCACCUCCCCGAACGAACCACAACAUCCUCUCAACCCUCAAGGCGACACAGAUGAUCAACGCAAAUGAUGAGUCUAAAGCCGUCCUUCCUGCCGAAAUUAUCUCCACGAUCCUCGAUUACCUGCCUGUGCCCGACCUGCUGAGUUUUGCCCGGACAAGCAAGAGGAUGCUGGAGAUGGUGUACGAGGACUCGAGGUGGGUGAAAAGACUACAUGUCAUGGGCGUUUGGAACGAGCGUGAGGCACGGAAACGUUUUGAGGAUGCGAGGAAGAGGAGGCUGGAGGGGAAAGGUGCUGGUGGGAUGGGGGGAAUACCGCCAGCCAUUGGGGGACCUGCAAAUGGAACAGGAUAUAGGAAAACGAGUACGACACUCUUUGAUGCCGGAGAAGAAGAAGAAAAGCAGAAGAAAAGCACCGAGCUUGCAAAUCGACCCCCGCCUGUGGUAGAUGGAUUCGAAACGAUGACUCUGGCACCUAAACCGACCCGAGCACCAAUGCUGGAUCCGGAAGCUCUGCUUAACAUUUUCAAGGGCGUCCGGAGUAUGAGGGGUACGGCGAGACUGGAGUAUGGAAAGAUAUAUGCUGCUCUUGCGCCAUUUUACUAUGAUCUUGCAAGAAGUAAGAGUCAUGUUGAUCCGGUCAUCUUCAGGGUGUAUCGUGACCCUGAGCAGCAGGCGCAAAUGCUGGCCCAUUUGACCAUUUUUGCAAGAAGUGAUUGGGCACAGGGCUGGUCACAAAGAGAGGAACGACUUGUCACCAUGAUUGGAGUUUUUGAAAAUGCGGUGCUCAGGGAAUUUGAGCAGGGGUAUGAGGCUUGGGACGUGGAUGGGAGAAUGAAGCGGUAUGCGCAUGUUUUGGGGGUGUUAAAUGGGGGGCAUGCUUGCAUUGAACUUUUUGUUCAGAAACAUCCGAUUUUCAAUGAUUAUUUGGGAAAUUCUAUGGAGUGCAUUAACCAGGCGUCGAAUGAUGAGAUUACGUUGGAGCCUUCGAGAGAGUUCUUGCAGAAGCUUUCAGUUAAGAUCAAUGAACAGGCGGAUGUCAUUGAUCGGGUGUUUCCUCCUGGAGAAGAUGUUUUACAGAUCUUUUUGGAUAAGGUUGGCGAGGAUGUACUCAUGGAGUACGUCACACCUUUGUUCGACGAGACCCAUGAACGCAACCUUACUUCGUACUUGAAAGCUGUUGCCGGGAUUUUUGAACAGAGUAUGCGAUUUGGUUUAAUACUGAGGCGUACCAAAAACUCGGGAGAUGACUUCCUAGAGAAAGUCAAGGCUACAAUUGCCAAGGUUUUCGAGCCCCAUGUGGAUCUAUACUUGCAAGAAGAAGCCGAUCACUUCAAAAGAAAAGCAGAGGCUGAAGUUGACGAGUGGGAAAAGAAGCUGUCUGAACAAGAAGCUACGAAAGAGUCAUUCUUUAUGGGGAAUUUCAAUCGACAAGCUGAUAAAAAGGAUUUCUUGAGUUCGUUUAAAAAGGUCGUUAUGAUGCCCGUUAAUGUUCUUCCUACAGCAUUAUCGUCGCCAUUUGGUGCCCAUGCUACCAAGCCCUCUCUAUCUCAGCCAAUGCCACAUAGAGCAAGUUUACAAGUGUCUCCAAACCCUUCCAGACCACAAACUCCCGGUCUCGGACCAUCUGCUCUUCCAUCUGAAGCACCAACGGAUGAACUUGCCGCAAAAGCAGCACUGAUGGCCUCCAAACUCGAAGGAAUCCGCUCUCUAUUCAGUAUAGAAGUAGCUCUGGAUUUGACCCACUCAGCAAAAUCCAGUAUCGAACGCGCAGCCCUCUUCGUCACUCUUGGCGGCCAAACCGGCGAAGAAGCUCGCGAACAAUGCGAAGCCAUCUUCGUCGUCUUGUUAGACAUCCUCGGAAACCGCCAUGUCAGAACUGGCUUCGAUAAAGCAGUUUCCCACCUCUCGACCUACAAUCCUCGGGAAGUAAGCGAACACCAACAAGGCGUUGCGCCUCUCGUCACCUUCCUGGAACUGGUAAAUGUAGGAGAUUUGAUCUCGCAAAUGAUAGACGUCUUCUACGAGCAGCAACUCGCUGCUACUAAAUUGGCCGAUCGAAACGAUUUCCUCGAUCCAGCGGUAAAAGCAAAGAAGAAAUUUGAGCAGAUGCUCGACGAACGUGUGGCUGCGGGGUUGAACAAGGGCAUUGAUGUUUUAAUGGAUGAAGUCGAAUACCUCUGCGCCACCUUUCAGAAACCCACGGAUUUCAACCCGCUCCCUGCUACACCUGGGAAGCCGUCGGAUUUCGAUAUCGGUCCCACGGCCGCGGCAAACCGAAUUGUCGCACUCGUGGAGUCACAUACCAAGAUGCUCGUUGGUAGCACAGAAAAAAACAUGCUCGACGUGUUCAACCAAGAAGUUGGACUCCGUCUCUUUACGGCAUUGUGUAAACACCUGAAGCGUCAACGUAUCUCUACAGAUGGCGCCAUCGCUCUUAUCAGCGAUAUGAAUCUUUACUACACUUAUAUCAAGACCCUUAGGAAUAGCGAGUUGUUGGCGUAUUUCACGGCUUUGCGGGAGUUGAGUCAGAUUUACCUUAUUGAGGCGAAGCAUGCGAAGGAGCUGGCUGAGGUUAUCGCGGACCAGAGGCGCUUUGGAGGCGUUCUGAGGGCGGAAGAGGUUUAUGAGUUUGCGGAGCGGAGGGCGGAUUGGUAUGGGGUUAAGCGGGAUGUGGAGAGGGCGAUGUAUGGGAUUGGAUGUGGGAUUAUGUGA